CAUGCAAAUUCAAAACAUUGGAGCACACACUGGCGCUAUUUCUUGAGCGUCGCACACACACACGCACACAUACACACGGCGAAUUUAUUCACGAGACUUGAGUGUGUGUAGAACAAACACUUGGGGUGUUGACAGCCAGCCAGCAGCAGGCAGCCACCGCUCGCAAGCACAUUAGAUAACCAAGAGAGACAGAGAGGGAGAUAAAUAAUCAGACAGAAGCUCCAAAAGUGUCAUUGCAACAAUUAAGAGACAGUGAAGAGGACAACAACCGUUAAGAUGAGUCGUCAGCUGUUAAGAGGUACAUCGCUGCAGCGCGCUGCCAACGUCGUCGCUGCGACAUCGAGUAGACCUAUGGUCAUACAGCCAGCGCAUCCAAUGGAGCAUCGCAGUCCGCUGCAGCAGCAACAAUGUAAACUAACGCCAAGCAUUGUCAUACGUCGCUGGAAAUCGUUUCUACAUAACAAUAACAGCAGCGCUCAAACAGCAGCAGCAACAACAGCAGAAGCAGCUACAGUCACAGUGACAGCGACGCCACGCCGCAGUCAAGCUGAAACAUUGAACGCGCGUGGUAGCCAUUCACCGUUCGACGCUCCUUCUCGCUGUAUGUCGACGAAAAGCCAAAACAACAUGAAAUUCGUUACGAUAGACAACAUCAAUGCCAACUUUAAGGCAAUGGAAUACGCGGUGCGCGGCCCGAUCGUAAUACGCGCCGGCGAAAUCGAAAAGGAACUGUUAAAGGGCGUGAAGAAGCCAUUCGAUCGGGUCAUUCGGGCCAACAUUGGCGAUUGCCAUGCGAUGGGUCAAAAGCCUUUAACCUAUUUGCGACAGCUAAUGGCACUUACCAUGGAGCCCCGUCUGCUGAACUCUCCCGAGUAUCCCGAAGACAUGAAGAAGCGCGCCCGCGAUCUUCUGGACGCCUGUCUGGGCGGAUCGACCGGCUCGUACACCGACUCGGCGGGCAUUGAGUUCGUGCGUCGCCAGGUGGCUGCCUUCAUCGAGAAGCGGGAUGGCGGAGUGCCCUGCGACUAUCAGAACAUCUAUUUGACUGGCGGCGCCUCGCCAGGCAUUAAGAGCGUUCUGUCGCUCCUCAAUUGCACUGUGGAUGGUAAGACUCCCGGCGUAAUGGUGCCGAUACCACAGUAUCCACUGUACUCGGCCUCGCUGACCGAGAUGGGCAUGACGAGGGUUGACUAUUUCCUGGAUGAGGAUAACUGCUGGGGACUCGAUCGCAAGGAGCUGCAGCGUUCCUACAACGAGGCCAAGAAGCAGUGCAAUCCACGCGUGCUGGUCGUCAUCAAUCCGGGUAAUCCCACCGGCCAGGUGCUCACCCGCAAAAACAUUGAGGAGAUCAUCAAAUUUGCGUACGACAACAAGAUGAUCAUCAUGGCCGAUGAGGUCUACCAGGCGAAUGUCUACGAUAAGAACUCCAAGUUCUAUUCAUUCAAGAUGGUCAUGAACGAAAUGGGCGGACCCCACCGCACCCAGGAGCUGAUCAGUUUUCUGUCCGUCUCCAAGGGUUAUCUCGGCGAAUGCGGCAUUCGUGGCGGUUACAUGGAGGUUAUUAACAUGUGCCCCGACGUUAAGGCCGUCCUCACCAAAUCAAUAACGGCACAAUUGUGCAGCACCACCGCCGGCCAGAUUGCAGUCAGUGCUCUGGUCAAUCCACCCCAGCCCGGUGAGCCAUCCUAUGAACUCUACGAAAAAGAGAAGUCCGCCGUUUUGGGUGCACUGAAGGAGCGCGCCAAACUAGUCUACGAUACGCUUAGCACAUUCGAGGGCUACACGGUGAAUCCGGUGCAGGGCGCCAUGUACGUUUUCCCCAAGAUCGAGAUACCGGCCAAGGCUGUCGAGGCGGCCAAGGCCAAGAAGAUGCAUCCGGAUGUUUUCUACGCAUUUGAGCUGCUCGAGACGACGGGCAUUUGCAUUGUGCCCGGCAGCGGUUUUGGCCAGAUACCCGGCACGUAUCAUUUCCGUAGCACAAUUCUGCCGCAGACGGACUUGCUGAAGGAGAUGAUGAAGAAGUUCGGUGUGUUCCACACCGAAUUCAUGAAAAAAUACCAGUAGAUCCCGUAGAUGCUGCGAUGGAACCGUCAGUACAAGUGGACCCUGUACACACAACGAUGGAUCCAUCCAGGCCGUUCUCCAUUAACCAAAUAGACGAUGUUUUACGACGCUGCAGCUUUUAGCCAACUAAAUAGAAGAAACACACCAUUUCGUUUAUUAUUAUUAUUGCUUAUUAUUUUCGUUUGCAACAUUAAAAAUAAAAAAAAGAAAACAAUAACAUAUUCAAACAUAAUUUAGAUGUAUACUUAUAAAAGGUUUCGUCGUAUCCGAUUGUACUUUAUAUGUUCCAUAUGUGUUUUAUCUAUUGAUGGAUUGGCUCGGAGUGAAAGCAGAAUUGAAAGGAGCAUAACUUAAAUUGACAAUAAUGAAUUGUUUGAGUAAAUAUAAUGGCUUAUUGCUUUGUUGCAAUUAUAUGUAUAUUAUGAUAUUGUUGAAAGAUUAAAACAAAAUAUGAUUAUUAUAGUACAUCGUACAAUUAAAUGUCCUUACUAAAUGUUAAAUAUA